AUGAAUGAAUUAGACAGCUUACGUCAGGAGGCAGAAACCCUCAAGAAUGCCAUACGGGAUGCACGCAAGGCAGCGUGCGAUACGUCGCUCUCACAGGCGACGGCAAACUUGGAGCCGAUCGGGCGGAUCCAGAUGCGCACGCGCCGAACGUUGCGCGGACACCUCGCCAAGAUCUACGCUAUGCAUUGGGGCAGCGACUCCAGGAACCUAGUAUCCGCCAGCCAGGACGGCAAACUGAUAGUGUGGGACAGCCACACGACGAACAAGGUGCACGCGAUACCUUUGCGCUCGUCCUGGGUAAUGACCUGCGCGUACGCACCCUCCGGCUCCUACGUCGCUUGUGGUGGACUCGAUAACAUCUGCUCGAUUUAUAGCCUUAAAACCCGCGAAGGCAACGUGCGUGUGUCCCGUGAGCUGCCAGGCCACUCGGGGUACCUGUCCUGCUGCCGCUUCCUCGAUGAUAACCAGAUCCUCACCAGCUCUGGAGAUAUGACCUGCGCCCUCUGGGACAUCGAGACCGGCCAGCAGUGCGGUCAAUUUACGGGUCACACGGGCGAUGUGAUGUCUCUUUCACUCGCACCCGAUCAACGUACUUUUGUCUCCGGCGCUUGUGAUGCGUCCGCUAAGCUGUGGGACAUCCGGGACUGUCAGUGCAAGCAGACCUUCCCGGGACACGAGAGCGACAUAAACGCUGUCACUUUCUUCCCGUCUGGCUUCGCAUUCGCGACCGGAUCUGACGACGCCACGUGCCGUAUGUUCGACAUCCGCGCUGACCAGGAGCUGGCGAUGUACUCUCACGACAACAUCAUCUGCGGAAUCACGUCCGUCGCAUUCUCCAAGUCUGGUCGUCUGCUGUUGGCCGGGUACGAUGAUUUCAACUGCAACGUGUGGGAUUCUAUGAAGAGCGAGCGUGCCGGUAUUCUCGCCGGCCACGACAACCGUGUGUCCUGUCUGGGCGUCACCGAGAACGGCAUGGCCGUAGCCACCGGAUCGUGGGAUUCGUUCCUUCGCAUCUGGAACUAA